AUGACGAUCCUCUCCAGCGUUAAACACUUUCCUCAGGAAUUCCUCAUUCCCUUGAGCAUUUCCACCCAGAACCACAGAAUUAUCCAGCUUCCCAAUGGGAUCCUAGUUCUCCUCAUUUCUGACCCCAGUGAGGAUCUCGCUUCCUCCGCCGUCUGCGUGGCCACAGGAGCCCACGCCGACCCCAGUGUAGUGUUGGGUUUGGCUCAUUUUUGUGAGCACAUGCUCACUCUUGGAUCAAAACAGUUUCCUGAUCCAGAUGGGUUCCACAAGCUUGUAGGAUCGUCCGGUGGCCGCAGCAACGCAUUCACUACUGGUGAACAAACCGUAUUCUUCUUUGAGGUUCCGACAAAUUCAACGUCCCACACCGAUACAAUAGCCCUGACCAUGGUUGAGACAAGCUUUAAUUUUGAAAAGAUUAUGCAAGUAUUUGCCAGCUACUUUAAGAAACCCCUUCUUAGCUCCAACUCUCAGAAAGAGCUAUUUGCGGUCGACAACGAGCAUUCAGCAAACACCGCCAGAACGUCUCGGAUUUUGUACCAUGGUUUAAGACUCCUAUCCAACAAGAACCAUCCGUUUUCGAGGUUUGCCACCGGGAAUAUUAAUACCUUGAGUGAAAUACCGUCCAAUGAAAAAGUGAAUAUGCACAGGCAGUUGGUAAAGUUCUUUGACAAAGAGUACAGUGCAGAAAGGAUGACCUUGGUGAUCAGAGGACCACAGUCGCUCAACCACCUUCAGGAAGUGGCCUUUACGAAUUUUGAUGAUAUUCCGCUGAAGAAUCCCUUGUUAAAUUCUGAUUUGAAUGAGUUUAGCAUACUCGAGACCUGGAAAGCCAGGUACAAUGGGCAGCGCGUUUUCGAACCAAAUAAUUUACGGCAGAUUAUGUUUAUCAAAAGCAAGAAGGCGCUGGUAUUGAGAUUCACAUUUCCUGUGCCCUUUGGUGUCUUGGAUGAAGCGAUGAUACAGCUACUUAACAGAGCCUGGUCGAGCUUGUUUGGAGAUGAAGGCGAGGGUUCACUUGCUAGUGAGUUGAAAGAAGCGGGAUUGAUCUCUAGUUUGCGAGCCUCUAGCACUUCAUUAGCCCAGGGUGACGAUUUGUUAACUUUAGAACUCUCUCUUACGUCAAAGGGGGUUCGGGAAGUGAAAAAAAGCAUAGAUAUGGUUUCGCUCUACGCAAGGACAGCAACGGAUGCUGUUACCGGACGGUUUUUAUCAGACUCUUUCUCCAUCCAUCUCUUGAAUUACUUACACCAAGAUGUGGCAUCCUCACCAAUGGACGAGGCCUCGAGGUAUUCUCAAACCCUACAGAAGAAUUUGUCCCAGUUAAAUCCUAGAAACAUUUUCCGCGACUCUCCCAGCUGGAGCGAUAUGCCCUACUAUUCAGGUGGGUUUGGAGAAUCACGCCGUGCCACUUCCUGGUGGACAUAUCACGCUAAAAACUUUACAAAGUACCUCGAAACCUUUGUAAAUCUCGAUAAUUGCAACCUUUUGGUCAUGGGAAAGAACAUUAAGAUGUUGAAUUUCCUCUCCGUUGACGACGUUAAGCUAGAGACAGAUCUUGCCUUUGACAUCGAAUAUCACAUUUUUCGUGACGUUAAACUUAAAGUUCCCAACACGCUCUCACCUCUCAUGAUCCACCCCAAUCCCUUUCUCGCAUCGGUAGCGCCUUCACAGCUACAUUUGAUCCGAGAUUUGGACCUCUGUUCCCGUGUUUCAACCACGUCUUUCCUUUCCUUCAUCAACACCCACGUUGAAGUCACGCCGUCGUUAAUAUCGCACGAUUGCCGCCACAAGUUGUGGUUCAAAACCACUACUAGUUCGCUUUAUUCUCGGGCCUUCAUCACUUUCGAACUAGCAAGCGCCUUGAAACCGUCACCCACCCUCACAAUAAACUUGGAGAUUCUUUGCGAAGCAGUGGCUAUCCGUCUCCGUAAAGAGUUGUACCCUGCAGAGAUGCUCGGAUAUUCGUGGCUCAUCCAGCCUUCGAUAAAAGGGGAUGGAAGAGCAACAUUUACCUUUUCAGGCUUCAGCUGUGGACUAUACUCGAUGAUCGAGAGGGUAAUCCGCUGCUUCAAAGUUGCCAUAGGAGAUCCAGAGCACGUGGAUACCAGAAUCCUACGAGAGGCCAGACGCAACGUCAGACUCACAUACGAGGGAUUGGCCAAAGAGAACGGAUUGGUGCUAUGUUCGGCUGGGAUGUUGGUGUUUAUGGAGCAGCACACGUGGCAGUUGGAGGAUAGAGUUGAACGAUUGGAAGAGAUAACCUUUGAAGAAACAAGAAACAGUUGGAGAAGUUGGCUUGGAAGUGACCUUCACGCCACGGCUUUGGUUCACGGAGACUGCGACGAAGAAAGUGCACACCGCGUUAUGGCCUUACUUGAUGAAUUUUGCGGUAGAUACCGAAAACCACAAACGUUUCACGAGCCAUCCACAUACAUUAUCCCUCAGGGAAAGUGUUUCGCCUACGAGUCUUGCAUGGCGGAGGGAGACCCGAUGAACUGUGUUUCAAUAUACUUGCAAACAGGCAUCAGACAUGAUCCUUACAUACACACCCUUUCCAAACUACUUGCUUAUGCCAUGUCCCUAUCACUAGUCCCGGACCUCAGAACCAAGAAACAGCUCGGCUAUGCGGUGCUAGGGGGUCUCCGGGUGUUUCGCGAGAUGGUGGGCUUGCAUAUCACGGUAAUGAGUGGGACCUACCGGCCGCGGUUUUUGCACCAGAAAAUCGAGGAUUAUAUUGCAGAGUGGGAGGUUCAAUUGUCUCGUUUGUCCGAGAGGGAGUUCCAACACGAGGUUUUGAAGCCGUUCAUCGACUCAUACGCCAACAAUAAGCAGAGGUUGCAGUCUUCGGGAGGCCCGGAGAACCUCGCCAUGGCCAUGAAUGGUGGUUCGGGUGGAGCAUUCGAUGGUUCAGGGAGAAAUGUUAGGGAACACAAAUUACUAUGGGACCAGAUCACUACCCAUCACGGAGACAAAAGUGAAGUUGAUUUGGACGUGAUUAGAGCCAUCACCAAAGGGGAGUUCAUGGCUUUUUUCACAAACAAGAUCUCUGUAAAUUCCCGUCAGCGAGCCAAGCUUUCAAUAAUGCUCAGAUCACGAAUUUCCCAGGCUGAAGUCCAGAAGCAGAUGACAAAGCAGCAGAUCCAGACCUUCUUGCGAAUGAAUUUGCUUUAUAUACCGCCCAAGGACUUGGAUGCGAUUUUAGAGGCGUCAGGAAGCAACCGCGCGCUCUCCAAAAACUUGCUAAAGUACUUUGCACAAAGAAGCAGCUUGAAGUCGUGCCGGGUUAUAAUCGUGCAGCUCAUGAAAGGAAUCGGGGCGUUGUUGAAGUUUAAACAGCAGGAGGUGACUAGAACAGUGCGCAUCCAAGACUUUGAGAUCAAAAGUAUUGAAGAGUUUCAUUCGCUCUGUAAAGUAUACUCCUGA